GGCAGCACCAGCAGAUGCAGCGGCAGCAGGGAGGUGGUAGAGGCUAUCGUGUAUGUGCCGCUGGAGGUGCGUGGGAAGCUGGGGUUGGGCGUGUGCAAAGCGUGGGAAGCUACGCAGUUCCAGAGCCACUGCAGCAAAAGGGCUCAAAGUUAAGCGAAUUGAGGUGGUGAGUAAAGUUCUUCCUGAUUCUCAAGUGUUUGACACAUUUCUUG